AUGGCUCCUCCUCGCAAAGCCUUGAUCGCAGUCACAUCGGCGCACGCGCCUCUCUACCCUGAUGGGAAGGAAACCGGUCUAUUCAUCACCGAGGCCCUGCACCCCUUCAAUGUCUUCAAAGAAGCUGGCUUCGAAGUCGACCUUAUCUCCGAGACAGGCACCUACCAACCUGACUGGUUAAGCCAGCAGAAAGAGUGGCUAAAGGACGAAGACCGCAAAGUGUGGGAAGACCACAACAGCGAGUUCCGCAGCAAGCUCGACAAGUUGCUCAAGCCAUCAGAUGUACACUGGAAGGACUACGGCCUCUUCUUCGCCUCAGCCGGCCACGCCUCUCUAAUCGACUACCCCACCGCACGGGGCCUACAACUCCUCGCCUCGCACAUCUACGCCAGCAACAGCGGCAUCCUCUCCGCCGUCUGCCACGGCGGUGCCAUCUUCCCGGGCGUCCUCGACCCGACGGGCGGCGCAUCCGGCAACGCGCCCAUCAUCGCCGGCAAGCGGGUGACGGGCUUCACGACGAAGGGCGAGGAAGAAGAAGGCGUGCUCGACACGAUCAAGAGCUGGAACAGGCCGACCAUCGAAUCGAGCGCCGCGGCUGCAGGCGCGACGUACGUGAGCCCGCCCGGGCCCUGGGACGCGUUUGCGGUUACGGAUGGGCGCGUUGUGACGGGGGCGAAUCCGGCGAGCGCGCAUAAGACGGCGGUGGAGGCGGUGAAGGCGUUUGAUGCGCUUUGA